GAAAGCUCGUCAGUUGCAGUACGAGGUGCGUUGGGUUGCCGUCUCACAGUACUACCACAUCUACCUGCAACAAAAGAUGACCAAAACUCAAGCACAGAGGCAAAAAAUUACCAUGAGCAGGGAGCAGUUCAUGAUGGUUGUUCCUCGUUGGUGCUAUGGAAGGCAUGACGGAUGGGCGUGUUUGGUGGAUAGGUGGGUCGGUGACGAUCCAGAGUUUGUUGCCAAGAGCAUCAAGGCCCGGGCUAACCGUGGAAAAGACGGGACACACGGCCAAGGAAACAGGAACCACUGGGGCUUCAAGGCCAUGAAGGAGGACAAGUUGCAGAGGCCGCUCUCAGACAUGGAGUCGUGGAAGCUGGCCCGCGAGCGGAGUGAUCGCAAGGAGGGCGAGAGCCAGUACUACGGCAACACCGAGAAACACCUGCAGUCUUACACUCAGAACUAUCAGAAGUUGCAUCCGGAUGUUCCCGUUCCUGAGGUCGCCCAGUCUCAGAUCGACGACACGGCGGUGGUGGCCAUCCAGGGUAAGUCCCAUGGCCGGUAUCCGUGUUUCGAUGGCUUGGUCACUCCGUCGAUCUCGUACACACGUGGACUUGUUUAA